CCCAUUCGUUCCUCGCACAGAUUAGGGUAAGCCAAAUUCCAAACCCUGCCUCUACGCUUUUCCUCUCUCUUUUGAUUCAAAAUCUUCGUUUUCAUCGGCGGCGCGUGACGAUUUUCAACUGCGCGUGAGGGUCCCUUUGGCGCGUGAUUUUAUCUGACAGCUGACUCAUGUUCUGUUCGACGCGCAUUGGAGAAUUCAUGCCGGAGAUACGCCGGAAUCCAACCGGACGGCUGUGAUCUUGCACCUUGAUGGCUUCCGCCGUCCUAGCCAACCGAAACGAACCUAAUUGGCCGCAACAUAGAGGCGGUGCAGCUGGAUUCAUGGGAAAAGUACCAUUUUCUAACCCUAACCCUAACUCAAAAUUUGGGAACAAAAAGAACCAAUCGGCGUCAGAUGAUGCUUCAUCCAUCAACCGCAGGUCCAACGACGGUAAUCAUUCUCAAUAUGUGACGUUCAACGUGGCGUCGUACACAAAAAAGGAGCUGAACGAGCUCAAGAAUCGCCUGAUCUUGGAGCUCGAGCAGAUUCGAAAGCUUAAGAAACAAAUCGAGAGCGGAGAAUAUCAGCCCAGGCAGAGCUUCAACGGCCCUCCUAAAAAAUCAUCGAGCAAGAAAAUCUCCGGCAACAAGCGGCCAUUUCCGGUGAAUUCCAUCACCAAAGAUUUGAAACGGUCGAAUUCGGAGAUUGGAAACUUGAUGAAGUCCUGCUCGCAGGUUCUACAGAAGAUCAUGAAGCACAAGGUUGGGUGGAUCUUCAACACCCCCGUUGAUGUCGUUGGAAUGGGUCUUCACGAUUAUUAUGAUAUAGUGAAGAAACCCAUGGAUCUGGGCACCGUGAAGUCCAAUCUCGCGAAGAACGUGUAUUCCUCGCCGGCUGAUUUUGCCUCCGAUGUGCGGUUGACGUUCAAAAACGCGCUGACAUAUAACCCCCCUGGUCACGAUGUGCACAACAUGGCUGACCUGCUUUUAACCAAGUUUGAAGAGCUGUAUCGUCCCGUGCAUGAGAAAUUCGAGGAUUCGAUGAGGCAGCAGGAUCAUGAUGUUGAUGAGGAAUUGCAGGCCAGUUCCUGGAAUCAUGCUGAGCCAGAAAGGAUUGAGAGGGUUAAGAACAAGAAGGAGAAUGUGAUCCCUCCGGCAAGGUUUCAACCCGAGCCAGUGCAGGCCCCUGCGAGCUCUUCGAACCCUCCAAUGGUGCAGUCGCCAGUGCGCACUCCUUCCCCUAUGAGAGCCCCUCCGGUGAAGCCUUUGAAGCAGCCAAAGCCUAAGGCGAAGGACCCCAAUAAGAGGGAGAUGAGCCUUGAGGAGAAACACAAGUUGGGUAUUGGGCUGCAGAGUUUGCCUCCUGAGAAAAUGGAGCAGGUGGUACAGAUCAUAAGGAAGAGGAAUGGGAACCUUAAGCAGGAUGGGGAUGAGAUUGAGCUUGAUAUUGAGGCUGUUGACACUGAGACCCUUUGGGAACUUGAUCGGUUGGUGACCAAUUGGAAGAAGAUGAUGAGCAAAAUUAAGCGGCAGGCACUACUUGGCAACUUGAACAACAAUGCCGCACCCAACAAAUCCAAUGGGGUAAAGUUUUUUUCAUUGUGUGCAUCUUCCUCUGUUUAAUGAGUUUGACCUUUUUUCCAGAUACUAAUUUGUGA